GGAGAACACUAAAAAAAAGACGAGAGAAAAGAUCGGAUUCGUAGCGACCGAGGCGCGGCGGAGCUCCCUAGGGUUAGGGUUUCGUCCGCUUCCAAAUGGACGAGGCCACCAGCGUCCCUCCUCGUCCCGACGUCUUCUUCCUCGCUCCUCGCUUCCUCCUCCCUCUCAGAUCAAUGGCGCGAGCAGCGGCUUCUUUAAAACCCCGUUUCUCACGUCUCCAUUGGACCGCAUUUCGUGGAAGACGACGAAUAGGACGAGGAAGGGGAGGUUGUGAUGGGUUUUUGAGUGAGCCAAGUGAUUCUGGUGGUUGAAUUCGUGAAGAGCACGAGAAAUCCAUCAAAGAGGUCGAAGAAACCCAAGGGUCAGCAUGGAUGAUCAAACUAUUGCGCUUGAAGAAAUUAACCAGGAAAUUGUGGAUCUGGAAAACAUUCCCAUUGAAGAGGUCUUCAAGUCCCUGAAAUGCACGCAUGAAGGUUUAACCACUGAUGCAGUUCAAGAACGGUUGAGGGUUUUCGGUUACAACAAGCUUGAAGAAAAGCAGGAGAGUAAAAUACUUAAAUUUUUGGGAUUUAUGUGGAAUCCGCUAUCAUGGGUUAUGGAAGCUGCUGCUAUUAUGGCCAUUGCUCUUGCACAUGGAGGGACGGAUAUAAGGGGAAAGAACAAGUCCAUCGACUACCAUGAUUUUGUUGGCAUUGUGAUAUUGCUUCUCAUCAAUUCUACCAUUAGCUUUAUAGAAGAAAAUAAUGCUGGCAACGCAGCUGCGGCACUCAUGGCUCGACUUGCUCCAAAGGCAAAGGUUUUACGCAAUGGUAAGUGGAGUGAGGAGGAUGCAGCUGUGCUGGUUCCGGGUGAUAUAAUUAGUAUUAAGCUUGGUGACAUUAUUCCUGCUGAUGCACGUCUUCUUGAGGGAGAUCCUUUGAAAAUUGACCAGUCUGCACUUACGGGCGAAUCACUACCAGUAACUAAGAACCCAGGGGAUGGUGUUUACUCUGGUUCAACAUGUAAGCAAGGUGAAAUAGAAGCAGUCGUCAUUGCCACUGGAGUUCAUACAUUCUUCGGAAAAGCAGCUCAUCUCGUAGAAUCAACAACACAUAUUGGGCAUUUCCAAAAGGUGUUGACUGCAAUAGGAAACUUCUGUAUCUGCUCGAUUGCUGUUGGAAUGAUCAUCGAUAUUAUCGCAAUGUCUGGUUUCCAAGGGAGGAAAUACCGCCCUAUCAUUGAUAACCUUCUUGUGCUACUCAUUGGAGGAAUUCCAAUAGCCAUGCCAACAGUUCUUUCAGUCACAAUGGCAAUUGGAUCACAUCGCUUGGCACAACAGGGUGCCAUAACAAAGAGAAUGACUGCUAUUGAGGAAAUGGCUGGGAUGGAUGUACUAUGCAGUGAUAAAACUGGAACUUUGACACUAAACAAACUCACAGUUGACAAGAAUAUGAUUGAGGUUUUUGCUAGAGAAGUAGACAAGGAUCAAGUUGUCGUGAUGGCUGCAAGAGCUUCAAGGCUGGAGAAUCAAGAUGCUAUUGAUGCCGCAAUUGUUUCAAUGCUAGCAGACCCUAAAGAGGCACGUGCCGGGAUUCAGGAGGUCCAUUUCCUUCCAUUCAACCCAACCGACAAGAGAACAGCUCUUACAUACUUGGAUUCAACUGGUAAAAUGCAUAGAGUGAGCAAAGGUGCUCCUGAGCAGAUUCUUAAUCUUGCGUGGAAUAAGGCUGAUAUUGAAAAGAAGGUGCAUGGAAUAAUCGAUAGAUUUGCUGAAAGAGGGCUUCGGUCACUUGCUGUUGCCUAUCAGGAAGUACCUGCUGGUACUAAAGACAGUCCUGGGGGACCCUGGGAAUUCAUCGGGCUUCUCCCUCUUUUUGAUCCUCCUCGUCAUGAUAGUGCUGAAACAAUCCGUAGAGCUCUUGAUCUCGGAGUGAGUGUGAAGAUGAUCACAGGUGAUCAAUUGGCAAUUGCCAAGGAGACAGGGCGGAGGCUCGGGAUGGGCAUAAACAUGUAUCCAUCUUCAUCUUUAUUGGGUGGGAAAAAUGAUGGAGAUAUUGCAGUACUUCCGGUUGAUGAGCUAAUUGAGAAAGCUGAUGGUUUUGCUGGGGUUUUUCCUGAGCACAAGUAUGAAAUAGUUAGCAGACUACAAGCCAGAAAGCACAUAUGUGGGAUGACCGGAGAUGGAGUCAACGAUGCACCUGCACUAAAGAAGGCGGAUAUUGGAAUUGCCGUGGCAGAUGCGACUGACGCUGCUCGAAGUGCUUCUGACAUUGUUCUUACUGAGCCUGGAUUGAGCGUGAUAAUAAGUGCGGUUCUGACAAGCCGAGCAAUUUUCCAGAGAAUGAAAAAUUAUACGAUAUAUGCAGUAUCAAUAACUAUUCGUAUUGUGCUUGGAUUUAUGCUUCUUAAUGUCUUAUGGAAAUUCGACUUUCCUCCAUUCAUGGUUCUUGUGAUUGCAAUCCUUAACGAUGGUACUAUCAUGACUAUAUCAAAGGACAGGGUAAAGCCAUCUCCAAUGCCUGAUAGUUGGAAACUCUCCGAGAUUUUUGCAACUGGAAUAGUUAUUGGUUCAUAUCUGGCUCUUACGACCGUCUUGUUCUAUUGGGCAGCUCAUGAGAGACAAUAUUUUGUGAACAUAUUCAAGGUUGAUACUCUAAACAUACACAGGCUAGAUAGAUCGAACAAGGACUUGAUAUUUGGCAGCACAGAGAAGUUAGCUUCUGCUUUGUAUCUUCAAGUGAGCACCAUCAGUCAAGCUCUGAUAUUUGUGACACGCUCAAGAGGUUGGUCUUUCUUGGAGCGACCCGGUCUUCUUCUUGUUGCUGCGUUUGUCAUAGCUCAACUGAUUGCUAGUGUGAUAGCUGCAACAGUGACUUCGAAGAUGAUCGGAAUCAGAGCAAUUGGUUGGCGUUGGACAGGGGCUAUUUGGGCGUACAAUGUUAUCAUUUAUAUCCUGCUUGAUCCAAUUAAGCUCGGUGUACGAUAUGCGCUUAGUGGCAAAGCCUGGAAUCUUGUCCUUGAUAAGAAGGUAGCACUAACUGGCCAGAGAAACUUCGGUCGGGAAGCUCGGGAGGCUGCUUGGGCCCGUGAGCAAAGAACACUGCACGGCCUGCAAACUGCGGAACCAAAAAUGAUCUCAGAAAGAGUUACUUUUACUGACAACAAUCAGAUGGCCGAAGAAGCCAGAAGGCGAGCAGAGAUCGCAAGGUUGGUGGAACUGCACACUCUGAAAGGGAAGGUGGAAUCUGUCGCUAAGCUCAAAGGCCUGGACAUAAAUGCCAUCAACCCACAUUACACUCUGUGAUGAACAGGCUCACAUGAUAUGCUGGACCCCUCCCCCCCCUCUCCGGUUUCUUCUGUCGCAGUAAUUGUUGUGAUUCCCUUUUUUUUCUUUUCCUGCCCCCACGUAGCUGUUGGAGGUGAAUUACCUGAAGAUGUUUGUUGAUUGGAGCGUAGUACUUAAAUUAUUUAGUGCCAUUUCUCCCCUAAAAGUCA